UGGGAACAUGGCGGACAAGAAAGGCGACUCUGGCAGUGAGACAGACAGUACAGAUGAACCCGUUGUUGGGAAUGUCAACAAAUUUGCCGUAGUUCCACCAGGUUACACAGGCAGACCCAAGAAAGGACAUCUGAUUUUUGACGCCUGUUUUGAAUGUGGGAAUCUGGGAAGAGUGGACUAUAUAACAGAAUAUGAAUACGAUCUUUUCAUCAGACCGGACACUUGCAAUCCACGCUUCAGAGUGUGGUUCAAUUUUACAGUGGAGAAUGUCAAACAGGACCAGAGAGUUAUUUUCAAUAUUGUCAACUUCAGUAAAACUAAAUCCUUAUACAGAGAGGGCAUGUCACCCUUGCUGAAAUCCACAAGCAGGCAGAAAUGGACAAGGAUACCUGCGAAGCAUGUAUAUUACUACAGAUGUCCAGACCACAGAAAGAAUUAUGUCAUGUCAUUUUCAUUCUGCUUCGACCGCGAGGACGAUGUUUACCAGUUUGCCUACUGCUACCCUUACUCUUACACCCGAUUACAGAAUUAUCUGGAUAACCUUGAAAAGAAAGGGAUGGAUUUCUUCCAGCGAGAGCUGCUGUGUUUAACUGUGCAACAAAGACGACUUGAUUUGAUAACAAUCACGCAUCCAGACAACUUGGAACCUGAGGAAACUAACCGUAUUGUGUUUAUAUCAGCUCGUGUUCACCCUGGGGAAACCCCCGCCUCCUACUGCUGUCAAGGAUUCAUAGAUUUUCUAAUCAGCAAUCAUCCAAUAGCCAAAAUCCUUCGAGAACACAUAGUAUUCAAAAUAGUCCCAAUGCUAAAUCCAGAUGGUGUAUACUUAGGAAAUUACAGAUGUUCAUUAAUGGGUUUUGAUUUGAAUCGUCAUUGGAGUGAACCUUCACCGUGGGCACAUCCUACUUUAUACGCUACCAAAAAUCUCCUGAUGGAACUAGAUCGCAGUAAACAUUCAAUAGACUUUUUCGUAGACUUGCAUGCACACUCGACAUUAAUGAAUGGUUUUAUGUACGGCAACACCUACGAUGAUUUAGAGAGGGUAGAGAGACACUCUGUGUUUCCACGACUUCUGUGUACCAAUGCUGAGGAUUUCUCACUGGCAAACACCAAUUUUAACAGAGACGCUGUCAAAGCAGGAACUGGGAGGAGAACACUGGGUGGAUGUUUGGAUGAGAAUUCUCAUUGCUAUACAUUAGAAGUGUCUUUCUUCAGCUAUCAGACCAAUGCAUCAAGCCAGGCCCUGCCAUACACUGAGGAGGGAUAUAUGAAACUUGGCAGGAAUUUAGCCAGAACUUUUCUAGACUACUACAAGUUAGUUAAUGUAAUCAGUGCUAAACCCAGCAGUAGUAUUGUACCGAAGCCAGGGCGAUUCAGCAUCCGAGACCGACAGGCAGAAAGGUCAAACACAGACCCUCCAGAAAAAUUUCAGAUGUAUUAUUUGAUAUUAAAGAAAAUCUUCGAUAUUAAUAAAGAAAAUCUUUCAAUGGCAUUGAAAGCAAUCAAGGAAUCAAUGAAGGAGGAGGAUAUUGGUUUUCUAGGGUUAAACCAGCAACGUUCUCUUACUCAAAACACUGACAGAUUUGAGGAACGUAGCAUUCGCAGAUCUUACCAAAGAGACUUUAGCAUCAAUAGCAGCAAUGCUUUCUCAGAAUCGUCCUCAUCAAUCCGUCUCCAACUGAAGGAAAGUCGACGAUACUGAUACUCUGUUAAUUAAUAGACUUAAUUAACUGUUUAAUUCCACUCAGAAUGUAGCAAUGUAUUACAUAUUCAAUGCAAUCAUCACCUGAUAUAUGAUGAAUU